AAGACCAUUAAAAAAAAACCAUGGACGAUUGAUGCAGGAUAUUUUGUGUCGGGCGGCCGUUUGUCGCGCGCCGGCAUGUGUUCGUGGUGUGGUGGUGCGUGGUCGCGGCCAGUUUAGCGGUUUAGCCAACGAAGUCACGGAUCCUUGGCAUGCGUGCGCGCCUGUUGAGCGGACCCUCAUUGGCGCCGCCAACUUGACGAGGCUUGUGCAACAUCCGGAGUUUAACCCUUUCGCUUUCGGUCAGUUUUCCUCGAGCUGUUUUCCUCGACGGCCUGUCCUGCUCGCACGCACCUUGCCGCUCUGCGCUUGGGCGACUCUUCUUGCCGUCGGGCCCCGUCCAACGCUGUUCCGAGUCCAGGGGAGAGGACGAGGCUGCGGAGAAGAUGCUGAAGCAGGAGAAGUUGGAGCUGACGGACCUGUUCGGGCACUACGGGCCCUUUCAGCGGGUGGUGUUCCUCUUUGCGGUGACCAUCAGCAUGUUCGGGGCCUACCACAACCUCAUCAUCACGGCCGUGGCGCCCGACAUCGACCACUGGUGCGGCCGGCCGCCGGGGUACGAGAACCUGACGGCGGACGAGUGGAAGACCCUGGCGGUGCCCCGGGAGACGCGGCGGGGCGAGGAACGCUUCAGCCGCUGCCUGGUGCGCAACUUGACCGGUGCCAACGAGACCGGGCCCUGCCAGUUGGGCUGGGAGUACGACCACACCUUCUACAAGAGCACCAUCGUCGACGAGGUGCUGCUGCUGCUCUUCACGGUGUCACCAAGUGCGUUGGAUGGGGGCGUGACCUAUCUAUCGUCAUGGCCGCUGGAGCACGUUUUCCACUUGGAUUCCACAACGCAAGGGGAAACUGCCGUCUCACCUCAGCCGUGGCUCCGCCUACAAGACCGCCGCGUGAUGGCGCACCGAGGAACGCUUCCGUUUCCGACUUCAGGCUGCCUACAAAAAGACCUACCACCGACGCAAGCCUCGGGGCACGACACAGCGAUGCCGACGGUAACACGCUUCGUAACUCAGGUGCUGCUGCUGCUCUUCACGGUGUCACCAAGUGCGUUGGAUGGGGGCGUGGCCUAUCUAUCGUCAUGGCCGCUGGAGAACGUUUUCCACUUGGAUUCCACAACGCAAGGGGAAACUGCCGUCUCACCUCAGCCGUGGCUCCGCCUACAAGACCGCCGCGUGAUGGCGCACCGAGGAACGCUUCCGUUUCCGACUUCAGGCUGCCUACAAAAAGACCUACCACCGACGCAAGCCUCGGGGCACGACACAGCGAUGCCGACGCUAACACGCUUCGUAACUCAGGUUGGUUACUUGGAUUACGCGAAAUUUUAUCGCUCUAGCAACGUAAUGCUCUUAAAUGUGUCGUGCCCCAUCGACAGAAAGAGUCUACUAACACUCUAUAGACGCGUUGUCUCUGUUGUGUUUAGCUGCUUGCUCUCGCUGCCCCAUGACAGUGGCCUUCUUUUCUUAGACGUAUUGCUGAUGUUGUCUGGAGACGUCGAGCUUAAUCCCGGUCCUUUCGAAAUCGAAAGACUGGGCGAGCUAAUCGAAAACUUAGCAUCUACUGCUGAAAAACACCAAAACGAAACCCGAAAGAGACUGGACUCUAUCAGUUCUGGAAUUAAUGAACUAAAACUGAAGGUAUGUACUCUAGAGAAACAAAUGCAGGAGAUUAGCGCCAUUAAGGACAGACUCGCCGUGGUUGAGAAUACCAUCAGUGGCGUCCAAAGAGACGUCCGUUACUCACAUGAUAAAAUCUGCACCCUUGACUCUAGUAUCAAUGAUUUAAAUAACAGAAUGAGGCGAAAUAACUUAUUAGUCAGGGGUAUCCCAGAAGAACCAAAUGAAACAUGAAACGUGGGAGGAUACGGCUAACUGUUUGAGAGGCUUCAUCAAGGACCAUUUGGGUAUAGAACCGGGAGAGAUUGAACGUGCCCACCGCGUUGGCCGGAAGCAGGGGGGGUCAGCCCGACCGAUUGUGGUGCGUUUUCUGGACUUCAGAGGAAAACAGAACGUACUGAAUAAUGCAAACAAACUUAAACACUCGCCUUCACUUAAGGUCUCUAUCUCAGAAG